AUGUCUGUUUCACCCCCCCUUUCGGUCUCGUUGUCUUCAGCUCCUCCUGAUGCUGCUACUGGUCAACCCCUUGCGGUCCGACAGCUCCAGAACAACAUCAUCAGCAUCAUUAGCAGCCAGGAUCAUGUGUCUGCGCUACAGCCCAAUCCGACGUCAUCUGCGUCCCCCACGACAUCCCUUCCCCUAACCCCACUAGAGUCCUCUUUGGCUCUCUUGUCGUCAACAGCUCCUCCUUCGUCCCCUUCAAUUGUCUGUUCACACAUGUCUUCUACCCCUCAGUCCCUCAGUGAAACCUCUUCUCUCUUUGCCAUGGCGACGUUUGUUGGGCGUCUCUUCUUCCUGAUCUUUCAGGUCAUACCCAGCGUCCUAUACUGGAUUAUUACCUUCACUACAAUCACCCUUCCAACUUUCUUGUCAUCCUUGUGGUCUUGGUGUCAACAAUUAGCUGGUUUUGUCCGCUACCGGUUUUUGAAUGUGUACUCCCGCCUGCCACCGGAGCCUCAACGAAAAGCGCCUCAAAUCGAUCUCUUCCCAGAUACCCAGGAUGGCGAUUCUAAACCUGGACUAGCUAAUUACCUCGACGAGUUUCUUAGUGCAAUUAAAGUGUUUGGAUACCUUGAACGCCCUGUUUUUCAUGAAUUGACGCGGACUAUGCAAACGAGGAAAUUGAUUGCCGGGGAAAACCCUGUUAUAUUCGUCAAAUCCAUUCGGGAGUGCCAGAAUGACUACAGCAAAAGCAGCCCAAGCGCUAGCCAUGAUGCGGAGGAUUCAAUGGAAGAAGACGAAGGGAAUGAUGGUCAUAAACAUCAGGGAUAUCAAUUACUAACCGAGGUCAAGAAUGGAGCCUCAAUGUCGUCUCUAUUCUCUAUAUUAUCGCUUUUCACUGAGGAUGUCAAGUUAAGGCACACUGAGGACAUGGAAUCCGGAACCUCUAGCAUCGACCCGACUCGUGGUGCAGGGUCUACUCCCUUGACCCCUUCCCCAUUCGUGGAGAGUCCAACAGUAUCGACGUUUCAAGAAUUUAGAGGGAAUCCCCCGCCCAUAAAUGGAAAUUCAACCCCUCUUCCUACUGUUCCGCACCUCGCACUUGAAGACAGCCAUUCACUUUUGCAAAAUGAACCCACCACCCAUGAAUAUAAACACAGGAAAUUGCGGAAAAUGGAUCAGAAAAAAUCUGUCCAUCCAGACAUCGUGGCACGCGCGAUGGUAGACACUACCAUUGCCAUCAUCCCUGCAAGCGCUUUCCGCCGCCUAACCCGGGUCUAUCCUCGAGCAACGGCGCAUAUAAUCCAGGUCAUUCUUACCAGACUCCAACGAGUUACAUUUGCUACGGCGCAUUCAUACCUAGGCUUGACUACGGAAGUCCUGAGUAUUGAGAGGCAGAUGAAUAAAUACACCUCAUAUGACCUUCCGAAUCAUCUUCGCGGAGCGGCGCUAGACAGGCUAAAGGAUAAAUUUACAAAAGAGAGAGAUCGCCUAGGUCCAGAGGAGGGUACAAAAGGGAUUGCUCUUCACAAUCCUUCCGUUUCGAGGAGGCGCCGAUCGAGUAGCGCUUUGCGGAAGGACGCUGCAUUAUACGCUAAAAUCUCUUCCGCUCAGGCCAGGCAUCCAGUCCACGAUGUAACACGCCUCCCUGAAAAGGAAGCCAAUGGCGUGAGUCCGGGAGACUUACUUUCUACCAUUCAACUCUCUCGUUAUGGCCCUCGUUAUGGAUAUGAUCGUCUUAAGGGUUUCACCCAAGAGCAUUCUACGACUUUAAAUAGUCCCACAACUCCCUUCCCAUCCCCUGCUUUACACGGAAAACCUCCUCCUUUUAGCCUAAUUAGUCAAAGUCCUUCAUAUUACAUGCAGGAGUCGAUUGACGAGGAUUACAUUUUUCGCGAGUCUAUCCUCGAUUGUAUGGUAAAAGCUCUCGGCCUUACAGGAAGCACAAACGAGGCACUUCGAAAAUCCCAUAACUCGGGAGAUGCGUCUCCACAACUAGUCUCAUACGAUUUCAAACGUCAGAAGGCUGCCUUUAACAAUGCCUUUGGUUUUAUAGAUCCGUACGAUUCAUUCGGCGAUGCGGAUUCUGAAUCGCUCAUGUCUAUGUCUGUUACCAGCGCUGGAGGGACUUCGCCUAUUGUCAACCUUAAGGCGGAGCUGCGGGACGAGAUAGAAAUUGUAUUUUUCCCGAAAGGUUCAUUACUUGUCGAACAAGGGGAGCGGAGCCCAGGUCUUUAUUAUGUUAUCGACGGAUUUUUGGACGUUGGCAUACCAGUCAAUGACAAAAGCGAGGAUCUUUUGCGACCUUGUGAUGCGUCACGUCUUGAAUCAGCCAGAAUGCCUAAACCACUUAAACGACCCGCCGCCUCUCGAGCUUCAUCUUCCAUAAGGGGUGGCCAAAUUCAGCGGAGGGGACCCGUGACACGCACAUCCUUAUAUAUGGUAAAGCCCGGCGGCAUUGAUGGUUAUGUUGGGUCCAUUACUUCCUCUAGAUCUUUUACGGACGUUACAGCGAAAACAGACGUUUAUGUUGGCUUUCUUCCUCGGGCGUGUCUCGAAAGGAUCGCUGACAAGCAUCCACUUGUGCUUUUAACGAUGGCGAAGCGCCUUACUACGGUCCUUCCUCGCCUAAUUUUGCAUAUUGAUUUUGCUCUAGAAUGGGUUCAAGUUAACGCCGGCGAAGUUAUUUAUCACCAAGGCGAUGAAAGCGAUGCGAUCUACAUUGUCCUUAAUGGUCGUCUUCGGUCUCUUUGGGAGAAAGGUGAUGGUAAAGUGAGUGUCAUGGGAGAGUAUGGUCAAGGGGAUAGUGUUGGGGAGUUGGAAGUUAUGACUGAGUCGACGCGGCCCGCUACCCUCCAUGCCAUCCGUGAUACUGAACUAGCAAAAUUCCCGAAAACUCUGUUCAAUAGUCUUGCACAGGAACAUCCCAACAUUACCAUCCAAAUCUCCAAACUGAUCGCCCAGAGAAUGAAGCACAUUAUUCUUAACCCGCUUAUAGAGAAGCCCAACGACAAAGGCAUUCAAGAAAGCGCGAUGACUGGAACCUCUACUUUAAAUCUCCGCACUGUUGCCAUUUUGCCAGUCACUGCUGGUGUCCCCGUUGUAGAAUUUGGGAACCGCCUUUUGAAUGCAUUUAACCAGAUUGGUGUCACCAACGGGGUGGCUGCUCUACAUCAAGCGGAUAUCCUCAAUCAUUUGGGCCGCCAUGCAUUCAGCAGAAUGGGUAAGUUGAAACUAUCCCAGUAUCUAGCAGAUUUGGAGGAGAGAUAUGGUAUGGUACUAUACGUUACAGAUACAAAUGUGAAUGCUCCUUGGACCCAAACUUGCAUUACCCAGGCAGAUUGUAUCCUUUUGGUCGGGGUCGCUGAGGGCUCCCCUAGUAUUGGCGAAUAUGAACGAUUCCUUCUUGGUAUGAAAACUACUGCUAGGAAGGAGCUCGUACUCCUGCAUCUGGAUAGAUACUCGCCCCCAGGGCUUACCAGACAAUGGCUAAAAAAUCGCAUGUGGAUCAACGGCGGACACCAUCACAUCCAAAUGUCGUUUCGUUUAACGACAGAGCCAUCCCAUCCUGUGACCAAGCGCUUUGGUACCGUAUUGAAACAACGGGUGCAGGUUCUGCAGGCUGAGUUACAAAAGUACACCUCUCGUCGCAUUCACCAGACUCCUCUAUACUCAGCAACCACUCCAUUCAAAGGGGAUUUCCACCGGCUUGCUCGUCGGCUUUGUGGUAAAUCUGUUGGGCUUGUUCUUGGCGGCGGAGGGGCAAGGGGAAUUGCUCAUGUAGGGGUGAUCAAGGCUCUGGAAGAAGCGGGAGUCCCCAUUGAUAUAAUUGGAGGUACAUCCAUAGGUGCUUUUAUUGGCGCACUCUAUGCGAGAGAUGCCGAUGUUGUGCCCCUCUAUGGUCGUGCAAAGAAAUUUGCCGGCCGCAUGGGAAGCAUAUGGCGAUUCGCCCUUGACCUCACCUAUCCAUCGGCGUCAUACACAACCGGGCAUGAAUUUAAUCGUGGCAUUUUCAAAGCUUUUGGCGACAGCCAAAUCGAAGACUUCUGGCUGGAAUUCUACUGCAAUACCACCAAUAUCAGCAAAUCGUGCAACGAAUUCCACACGUCGGGCUAUGUAUGGCGUUACGUGCGAGCGUCGAUGUCACUAGCUGGUCUCCUCCCACCCAUGUGCGACGAAGGCAACAUGCUCCUCGACGGCGGUUACGUCGACAACCUCCCUGUUUCCCGAAUGAAAUCGCUUGGCGCAGACGUCAUUUUCGCCAUUGACGUCGGCUCUAUCGACGAUAAUACCCCACAGGCUUACGGUGACUCCCUUUCCGGCUUCUGGGCCCUGGUCAACCGCUGGAACCCUUUCUCCUCCCUCGCUAAUCCGCCCACCCUUGCCGAAAUCCAAGCCCGUCUUGCCUACGUGUCCUCCUUCAGUGCGUUGGAGACCGCGAAAAACACUCCAGGUUGUUUGUACAUGCGACCCCCAAUUGAUGCAUUUGGAACGCUAGAUUUUGCCAAGUUCGACGAGAUUUAUAAGAUCGGAUAUGCGUAUGGACGCGAGUUUUUGGAGCGGUUGAAGAAUGAGGGUGGCCUUCCGAUUCCAGACGAAACUGAGGAGAAAAAGAAUUUAAGGAGGACCAUGGCGCCUAGGAGGGCCAGCAUCUGA